AUGUCGCGCUUCGUAUCUGGUGGCACAAACGAAGAGCCCACUGAGCGGGACGAGGCAUGGAUUGCUGCACAAGCAGAAAUCGAAGCGCGAAGGGCGGAAAAGUCCGCACAAGCGCAGCAAAGUGAUGGUAAAUCGCUAUACGAGACGCUGCAGGCGAACAAAGCCGCCAAACAAGAUGCCUUUGAGGAGAGCAUCAAGCUCCGGAACCAGUUCCAAUCGCUAGACGAAGACGAUGUCGAGUUUCUAGAUUCCGUUCUGGAAUCAACACGAGCUGCGGAGGCUGCGGUCAAGAAACAGACACAAGAGCAGCUGGAUGCAUUUCGUAGGCAGCGGGAAGAGGCUGAACAGGCUGCACGCGUUGCUCCCGAAGCAGAGGCGCCGGUGAUGACAGAGAGCUGGACGGUCUCGAGGAAGCGCAAGAAAGGUCGCGAGGAUGCUUUGGGUGGUAUCAAACUACGAAAGGCUUCUAGUGGAGCAAAGGCGGCGCGAUCAACAGAACAGAUUGCCACGGUCGAUGAGAGACCGGCAGCAUCACCGACCGCCAAUGCCUCGUACAUAAGCCCCGAGCCCAAGACCGUCGCAACAGAAGACAAGCCGAAAGCUGAGGAGGAACCGAAGGAUAAUUCGAAACUGUCUCCAUUACCUUCGGCGGGUAUCAGUCUGGGUCUUGAUGCUUACUCCUCAGAUGAAGACGACUGA